AUGUCGUCACCGCAACAGGUCGCGCCCGAGCGCUCCAUCUUUGGCGUCGAUCCACUCGACGACUUCGUCACCAUGGUCGGCGACUGGAUCUAUGUCAAUGGAAGGGGCAAGCCGAACUUAGAGAUUGAGGGCAAGAUUGGGCAGAUCAUCGACCAGGAGACGGGGGAACGCGUUCAGUUGCCCGUGCGCAACGAAACUAUCGUCGACCUCAGCCGGACCAGAUUUGACAGCCGAAUGACCAUCUCACAACAUGCUCAGUAUAAUCGCAUCCUGAACUCGCUCGUAUCAAGAUCGGGCGAGUCAUCCUACACCGGCGCCAAGAUCAGCUACCACCGAAGAAAAGAGAUCGACUACUUUCAUCCCGCUCCAAGCGGCAAGGUCCGAGUCACCAGGGACGCCGAGACGCUUGCCAUCAAGCCCGACGGCAUCGUCCAGAAGCAAAGGAUAGCCGACCUCAACAUCUACUGCCCUAAUCGUCUCUUUGACUAUCGCAUCAGCAUCAACGUCGAGAAGCCGGCCGACGAGCCAACAUCGGAACACGUCUCGAUCCGCGAGAAGAAUCGUCUCUCGUACGCGCAUCAAAACUUCAUUGUUGAUCUGACCCAAGUCACUGUCCCCGAAAAGCCGCAAGAACCGAUUCACGAACUCGAAAUCGAGAUCAAAGACGUCGAACAGUUGAUGCAAGCUGGUGCACAAGCCAAGUCGAAUCCUGCCAGCAACGGGUCAGGUCCAAAUGGUCAGGAGUGGACGUCAUUUGAUGACCAGGUGCUCAUCUUUCUCAACAACAUCCGAAUGCUUAUCAGGAAUGGCUCCGCCGCGGACGACCGACGCUAG